UCCGUAACUAGUUGAUCAUAAAGUUUCCUUCAGCAAGUUGUCAGUUCAUUCUGCCGUGAUACUACAGUCACUUGCACUUAUAGCUACCCCCUUCUGGAGGACCUUCUCCGGCUCCGGUCACAAGACAAUGAUGUCAUUGGUUGUUGUGGUGGGCGUUAUUUAGAUUUUCUCACAGGCCAUUCUUCUUGUCCGUCGUCAUCAGCAUUGAUCCGCACUCUUGACUCAGCUGUUCAGUCAGCACGGCAGUGGGAGCGCUUGGCGUGUCGUACCGUGCGACGCAGCGAGCCACAGCUGGAAGAGAGACUGGGAAAGCGGCUAGUCGGUAGAUAACGAAGGAACAGCGAGACAUGAAUUCCAUCGUGGGAGACAGAUAUAUCGCGGAACUGGUCCAGAUUUUUGAGCAGCAAGGCUCUGCUCUCUAUGCAGGUCAGCACAGUCUCUGUCUCACUGUACCAUGUCUCCACUACAUUCAGAGAAAGCUCUCAACACUCCAUGAGGGGACCGGGAACCCUCUACCAGCUCAGUUUGCCCACCUCCAGCAGCUCCAGGAGUCAUUUGGUCAUAUCCUCAUCCUCAAACUCAUCUCGGACAGAAACUAUCAGCUCUCUCCAACUGUCACCCUCAGUCUCGAGCCCUUCAGAGCCGUCCAUUCCCUCAUUCUGAAGAAGGUCCCGUUGUCAAUGUUGAGUGGUCUGUCUCGCCUGAGGUCCCAGCUGCGCUCCCUGGUGGUUCAGCGCUGCGGAGUGACGACCAUGGAGGAGGUGAUCAUUAGGUGUGGUGCCGAUGACUCCGCCUCGUUCUCCUGGGCAAGCCUCCGAGAGAUGGACUUCAGCCACAACUCCAUCAAUCAGCUCGGAGAUUCUCUGCAAUUCCUGACAGCCAUAGAGAAGAUGGACCUCAGUAACAACGUCAUUACUGAUGAGAGCACUGGAGUUGAGCUGAAGACCGUCCCUCGGUUUGGACCUCGGGCCAAGUUCAACCUCACUGGACUCAACCUACGCAACAACAGACUGCCCACCAUUGAGGGUAUACAGGAACUGGACUCUCUCACGGACCUUGACCUCACAGACAAUCUGCUGACUCGGCACUCUGAUCUCCAGCCACUCCGUAACCUCCACAACCUCUCUUUCCUCUCUCUCGCAGGGAACCCCCUGUCAUUCCACCCAAAGCACCGAGUCAAAUCAACCGAGUGUCUCUCCAAUCUCAUCAACCCCUCCUCCUUCCGUCUGGACGGGAAGAAACUGAGCGGGAGCGAGAGGAAGGCUGUCCCUCGCUCACUCACCCACUACCCUGGCUCCUCCCCCUCCAUCAGCUCCCAGACAACCGCCUCAGACUCCCCUCACCAUCGCGCCCUCACCCCUCCACCCAGCUCGCAGCUAAUGAGCAGGGACUCCCCCACUCACCAGUCUGAUGCUGCUGUCACUGCCAAACGUCGUCGUCACAAGAAGACGCCGGCCAUGAGAGUGGUGGCCCUCCAUGACUCGGACGAGGAGCUGGACUCCCUCAACGACACCGGGAGUGGGACCGUUGGCAGCGAGGUGGCCUCCUCCGUCCCACUCAAAUACGAGAAGAGACUCCAAAAGAUGAAGGACCUUGCCAAACAGAUGCCUGACAAGUGGUUGCUGUCUAACGCCAGUUUGGAUACCACUUCAUCAGAGAGUAACCAGAUGGCUCGAGGAGCCAGUCAGCCCCGCCCAGCCCAGGAACACCCCCCUCUCGGCCCCGCUGCCAUGGAGACUGUUGGCAAGGCAACAGGCGACAGUGGAAUCCAGACUACUCCAGGCUCAAGGAGCAAGAGGAAGUUGAAGAAAAAGUCUAGCCAACAAGCAGAUGCCGCUACCGUGGGUGAACCACGAACCUCAACUCCGAUCAUCAUGUCUGAGAUUGAUGGUGUGUCUGGUGAGUGUUUCCUUGUGGAGAGGUAUGAGAGUGAUGUUGAGGAGGGUGGGGAGGAGGCAGAGGGGGAGCAAGUCCUCCUCGCACUCUCCGACACAUUUCUUGAGGAGAAGGACAUCAAUGGCAAGGUACUCGAUCGCAUGGACCUGGGUUGUCUUAUGACUGCUGAGGUGCGAAGAAAACCCUGGAAGUCUGCUCAACAGGCAGAGGUGGUUACACUACAGUUCAGUCAUGAGAGGAGAGACAGGAGAAAGAGAGAGUAUGUCAUGAUUGAGUUGAACCAUGAUGACAUCAUUGAGUUACUGGCCCCAAUCUCUGAAGAGAACCAGAAAGCUUUCUCCCUUGCCAGCAAAGUUGAGUGUUUCACGUGUCAGCGGGUGUUUGAUGCCACGGAGUCAAUGCUGAUGCCACUACUGAGUGAGCCCAACCAACUCUCGCCCCCACCACCCCACCCCCACCACGGGUGCCACCAGAGACCCUCUCUCGGCAACCGAUAUUGCCCCUUCUGCAAGAGUCAACAGCUCCAGUACAUCACCAACACCCCAGACUUUAGACACGACAGCUCAACACUGCCAAACUCUUCUUCAGCUAGGGCUGUCCCUAGCCAAGGUGAAAAGUCUACCGAAUUUGAUAACACGGACAGGAACAGACAGGGAAAUAUAACACUGGGAUUUGAGGUCAAAACUGACACGGAGUCUUUUGACCCGGCAGCAAUCUCAGAGCAGGCUCCAAGGAGGAGGGAGCGUAGCUCUGCAUUUGUGGAGGAGUCACACGGUGAGAGAGGAGGGUGGGAGGACCUUGAGCAAGCGCACUCUUACGAUAAGGUUCCCACGCACCCGCAGCCCCAAAACGAUGUCAUCGGCCACUCUGAGACUACCAGCGACCAAGUCGAGGCGGCCGACACAGAACAGCAGUACUCCAUCUCCAGUUGGAGCUUCUCGGAGCUCUCAGGGCAUCCCCCACCACAGAACUAUCUCCGCAGCUCGCACGACGUCCUCUACCACUCCAGGGAUCAAGUUGGGGUGGAGUACCCCAGACGAGACUCCGGAGACACGGAAGACUCCUCCAUCAGCUAUUCCCGGGACACGAGUGAAUAUAGACACGAUAGCAAGAGCGCAACACAAUCUCAAUUCGGUGGACAACACAGGCCAAAACAGAAGUACAAUACAGUCCCUACUGGGGUCGGGAGAGGUUCGGCCACAGCUAGUGACCUGUCCCGCAGUGGAGGAAAGUCAUGCCGACUCACCAGCAGUGAACCAACACCAAAACUGCAGCCACAUUCGUAUUGGUCUCAGGAGAGGGGGUCCACUAACACACCAAGCGGGGAACUUAGACGGUGCCCUUCACACGACCAGCCGCGCUUCCAGCAGCGAAACCCGUUUGAUUACCAGGGGCACCCCCACAGCCGAUCUUGCACCGACACGACAACCUCUCGGAUGAGAAUCCCUCGAGCCAGCCUGGGUUCUGUCCAGGAACAGCCCGCCCCAAAGUCACUCAACCCGUUCGAUGAGUCGUAUUGUUCCACCAACCCGUUUGACAUGGAUGAGAGCACUACCAGCAACCCGUUUGGUGCCGAAGACGACGAGGACGAAGCCGUUAGGGUGGAGAGAGUUAAAGAACAACAAGAGAGUAAACCCAGCGAGAGAGGGAGAGGUUUUUCUCAGAACGAGGAGCGGUACUUUCCGGAAUUCCAGUCUCAGCGUAAGGACUCGAGAGGAGAGAGCAAAGACGACACGGACGUUGACACCCCUGGUGUCUCCCUACACAACGUACCUCCUCCGUCCAGUAGUGUACCCGUCUCUAGCUUCAUGUCUGGUCUUGUUACUCACCCAUCGUUCGGGAGCACAUCGCGUGACUCUCGGGCAGUUUCAAAGAAGAGCAAGACUCUCCCGUGCGGUAAAAGUCCCAGAGUCACCCAGGAGAGUCCGGAGUUCAUCAAGAGGACCCGCACGACCCUACCACGGGGGAAGCCCCCCAUCCCCGGGAUGCUGAUGAGAGGAAAGUCAAUGGAGUCCCUGGAGAACUGCAGCCCGCAGAACGAGCAUCACCCGAUCAAGUCCAAUCGGAUCAUGUCGCCUCACUCCAGGAGACGUUGGGAUGACCCCUAUGGUGAGGUCUCCCCGGGUGGUGGGAGGGGUUCAUCACAGGGGAGUAAAAACGGGGGCAAAGGUCACAGGAAUGGCUCGAUGUCUCCGUCGGGACCCAAUGGGGGUAGUGGGAGUGGCAAGUCGACCCCGGAGGUCACCCGACGAGGUCACAGCUCUUCAGACACACAGAGUACAGGAAGAGGUGGCCGGAGGAAACUAAACAGAGUGACGUCAGUGGGUGACCUGAGGUUCACAGACAAUGGGUCCACGGAGAGAGGAGGGGGAGGGAGGGUGUCGGGGUCCCUGGAGAGAGGGAGGGGGCGGAGCUCGGCGGACGAGAGUCGGGCCGGUUCGCGGGGCUCCAGCCACAGGGGGGAGAGUGGGGGAGGGAGCAGUAGCGGAGGAAGCGGGGCUAGGGGAAAGGUCUCCUCCGGAUCUUCUGACGGCCACCACAAGCUGCGGAAGUUGAGUUCGUCAGAGUCCAGCGGCCGUCCCCUGUCCACGUCAGUCCUGAUCAAGGACGAGGACCCCAGCUACAUCCACAACAGUCUCAACCUCCACCUGGACCUGGAGGUCUUCAGCAAGGAGAGGGGAGAGCACUUCAAGAUGAUCUUCAAGGCACCUGUUGUGAAAUACAAGUCCAAGAAAGAGGUCCCUGUGGUCGCCAUCUUCUCCAAUAUCAACACCUUCAUCUACCGCAUCACCGCCCCACAGAGUGCCCAGCCAGACAAGUGGCUGUCCCUGCAGCAGACGCUCCCGCUCUCCAAGCUGGUCUAUCUGGACGUGGGUCCGUUCCACCAGUUCCUGCGCCUCGAGUUCUCGAUCCCCGAGUCCUGUUUCACCUUUCUCCUCCGAGACAAGAGCAAGUGCAGAGAGUGCCUCACGCGACUCUCCAUGGUUGUGUCAGAUACUCCAAAGUCGUCGUUUAAGAGUGUUGGGAUAUGUCCAUUUCGUCUGGAGACCAUCUCUCAUCCUGACAGAGCACUGCGAGAGGCUAUCAUGUCUCGCUACAACCACAUCAAGACAGCCUCACCGAGGUCUCGUGGGCCGAGGGAGGACCACCAGAGACCCAGAGAGAGUGACGACGAAGACAUAAAGUUCUAUGUCCUGGCUCACAGACACAUCCACACUCCCGAGAAGAAACACAGCAAGGUCCCUGUGACAGUGGUGGUAGCUGGAGAUGUCAUCUACAUGGCUCAGGAGAACUUCCACCACUGGCCACUGCCAAGACUCCAGGAACUGCCCCCCAAGGAGGCCCUGGACCCCCCAUUCUCCUCCGUGGAACGUAAAGACAUCAAUGACAUUGAACAGAUUACAAUGGAUCCAGAUCAGACCUGUAGGGUGGUGCUAAGAUUUUUCAAAGAGACACUGUCAGAGGGAGAGAGCAAGUACUGGAGUCUAACGACAGAGGUGGACACCCACGUCCAGCAGCUGGUCAAGGCCAUCCAGACUCCAUGGGAGUCCAUGUUUGAGACCACGCUGCCUAUCAACUAUAAAUAACAUCUCUUUUGUCGCACAUGAUCACUGCCCAAAUCAAUAAUUAUCUAUCAUCAAAGUAAUAAUAUUUAUCAGCUUUACAUUUCCUGGAUUGGUUUGUACAAUUUGUAUAAUUAUAUGUAUGUAUGUAAUGCAGAUGUGAAUGUCUAUGUUUAUUCAUUGACAAAUUUAAUAUUCACGACG